UUACUAUUCGGAAUUAGACCCAAUAUUCCAAUUCUAGUUAUGAACCCGUCGAUUCUCAAUCGAUUCCGGUUCCAAUUUCACUAACCCAUAAUUUUUGCUCACCCUGUCCAUCAUCUUUCAAGCUAGAUCGCCACUUACUCUUAACCAUCAUCGAGACCAACACGUAGAAAGACAAAACUACCCUUCAAAACCUCACAUAAUCACACUCUCUUUCCCACUGACAAGAAAUCCCCUUGGCCCCUCCCCCAAAGCGCCUGCCAGCUAAUACGUGCUCACACACCGAAAUUUAAGAAUUUCUACAUCUCAUUCAUUCAUUCAACCUUCCUUAAACACAAUAUAACAUUAUAAUAACAAAAAUAAAAAACCAUAAACACUUGUUCUUUCUUCCUCAAAUGCAGACUGAUUUACCAUACUUCAAAUUCCUUUGAUCGCAGAAAUUCCGCCAUUGAAGGACCUCAAUUUCAAUGUCGAGUCGCUACAAUAGCCCAUCUCGUAGCCCUGGAAGAGGCACUACAACAACGGCGGCUUCGGCGUCGGCGAGGUUGCAGCUUGGUGCUGUUUCAAGGCUGAGAUCUUCGUCGAUUAAGAAACCUCCUGAACCUCUUCGUCGUGCUGUUGCUGAUUCUCUCUCUUCUUCGUCUUCUUCGUCUUCGUUUUCUUCAAUUUCUGCUCUUUCGUCUCAUCAUCCUUCGAGUAGUCCCUCCAUUCAUGCAUCCGAAGCUUCGCGAACUCUUCGGGAUUAUUUGGCCGCUCCAUCGACGACUGACCUUGCCUAUUGUAUUAUAUUAGAACAUACUCUUGCCGAGAGAGAUCGCAGCCCUGCAGUUGUUGCAAGGUGUGUGGCACUCUUAAAACGUCAUCUCUUAAGAUAUAAGCCUAGUGAAGAGACGUUGCUGCAGAUUGACAAAUUUUGUGUACAGAUAAUUGCUGAAUGUGAUAUUGGUUUGAGUCGGAAAUUGUUGCCAUGGUCACACUCAUUGAACCAGCAAUCUAGUGCUGCAAAGGCUCCGGUCAAUGGUGCGCCUGUGCCUGUUUCUAGCUUUGCUUCUGCAUCACUUAGGAAGUCACUAAAUUAUGUUCGUUCCUUGGUGGCACAACAUAUUCCAAGACGGUCAUUUCAACCAGCAGCUUUUGCUGGAGCCCCUUCAGCGCCAAGGCAGACUCUUCCUUCGCUGUCAUCUUUAUUGAGUAGAUCUUUCAAUUCUCAGUUAAGUCCUGCAAGUGAUGGAGAAUCAUCAGGAAGGAUAGAUACUACUUUAUCUGUUCCUAGCCAAAGAAAGAUUGAAAGUUCUGAUGGAGUUGAAGAUCUAGAAUAUAUUACUGCUGAUGUUCUAAAAUGGCGCUGGAGAAGUGAUCAAGACUCUGCUGCUAAAUUAAUUGUUGGUGAUAAAUAUUUUAAUGCCCAAGACUUGACGAGACCUAAUUUGCUUGACGUGGGCGCAGCUGCCCUACUUGUUUCCGACUUGGAUACAAAAAAAGGCCAACUGUGGAGGCACUUUGGUACUGCUGACAUGCCUUAUCUUGAUCAACUGUUGCAGCCCUCCUCAAUGUCUUCAGUCACCAACAGUGCCUCUGCUCGUCAUCACUUGAGAAUUAUAACUGCAUCUAAACGGACCAAAUCUGGGUCUCAGCAGAUAUGGGAGGAUUGUUCAGUGAGCACAUUUCGGCCUCGGGCACGACCAUUGUUUCAAUAUCGUCAUUACAGUGAACAGCAGCCUCUAAAACUGAAUCCUACUGAAGUGGGUGAGGUCAUAACAGCUGUUUGCUCAGAGAUCUCCAUGCCAAAUGCAAAUCUAAUGACAAUUUCAACAGGAUUGAGUAACCAUCGCACAAAGCCAUCCAUUGAUGUGGCUGUCAGUGUCCUUAUUAAACUUGUUAUUGACAUGUAUAUUUUGGAUCCUGGAUCUGCUGCUCCUCUUACUUUAUCUAUGCUUGAGGAUAUGGUUUGUUCUCCCAGACUGUCUUCUAGGACUCGUGCCUUUGACUUGAUAUUAAAUCUUGCUGUUCAUGCUCACCUAUUGGAGCCUGUUGUGCUGGAUGAUGUUACAACUAUUGACGAAGAUUAUCCUCAAGACUUAUCCUUGGACAGCGAGGCUCAAGUGGGGAGUCAGAGAAAGAGAACAGAUUCUAACAAAAACGCCGGGGAUUCCUCAGCAAUUGAUGAUUUUGAAUCCUGGAUAUUAAACAUCCUCUAUGAGAUUCUUUUACUUCUAGUUCAGAUAGAAGAGAAACAAGAAUCUGUCUGGGCGUCUGCUUUAAGUUGUUUGCUUUAUUUUGUUUGUGAUGGAGGCAAAAUACGUAGGAUUCGACUGAAAGGCCUUGAUAUAAGGGUUGUAAAGGCUUUGUUAGAAGUUAGUAGAAUGAGCUCAUGGGCAGAAGUUGUCCAUUCGAAGCUCAUAUCAAUAUUAGCAAGGAUGUUCUAUGAUCUUCCUGAUGAACAGGGUACAAUUACUACAAGUACCCCCAAAUUUCUUGCAGAGCAAGUUGAUAUGAUUGGAGGGAUUGAUUUUAUCUUCCUGGAGUAUUCACUUGCUAGAACAAGGGAGGAGAAGAGAAAUCUUUAUUCAUUGCUUUUUGACUAUGUUUUGCAUCACAUUAAUGUAGCAAAUAUUGCUACUGGAGGCCCUGAGUAUUUAGUUGAUGAGAUUCAACCCCUUGCGACUUUGCUUUCUCUUGCCAAUGCUCCUGAAGCUUUCCACAUUUCUGUUAAUCUAGGAGUUGAUAGGAUUGGAGAACUCUUGAGAAGAUCAGUGUCUUCUGCAUUGUCCAGAUACUCAGACAGUGAACAACUGAACACCAUCCUUGAGAAGGUUAUGAGUGAGUUCGAUUCAAUUAUAAGCUCAUUUACUCACCUACAGAAAGAGUUCUCCGAUAUGAGACAGCACACCAAAUCAUAUAAACUUUUGAAAAGCAUCGACGAUGGAGUCAUAGGAAGGAAUGUUAGCAACAACGCUAAAUUAUCGUGGGCUACAUUGCACUCUCUUCUUCAUUCUGAUAGAAUAGCUUGCCGUCAGAAUGGAUAUAUAUGGUUAGGUGAUCUGCUUGUUUCUGAAAUUAGUGAGGGGAGUGAUGGAAAUUUGUUUUUGAGCAUCAGCAGCUUGCAGCAGCAAGUUGCCUUAGUUGACCUGAAAGAUUCUUCUGCUCUCUCCGAUAUUCCAAUGUCUAUCUGGCUUAUGUGUGGCUUGCUGAAGUCAAAGGACAGCACAAUCAGAGCAGGAUUCCUGUUUGUUUUGGAAGUACUUCUCAUGCGAUGCAAGUGUCUUUUGGAUGAGAAUGAGCUUGAGGAUUCAACCAGAAACGGUGGCGAUAGUCUUCCAGAUCAUUGCCUUCAAAAGGCAAAUUCAGUGAUAGACAUCAUGAGUAGUUGCUUGUCUUUAGUGGCUCAGAUAAAUGAGACUGAUCACUUCAACAUUUUGAAGAUGUGUGACAUCCUAUUCUCCCAGCUCUGCCUGAAAGUCCCUCCAGCAUCUACAGAUGCAGGUCAUCUUGGUGGAGGUUCUAAUACCAUGGAUAUGAACAAUAAGGCCAAUUUAGGCGAAUGCGUUCCCUUGCAAGAGACUAUUCAUCGUAGAGGACUUGAGGAUGUUGAUAACUCCUGUAGAUCAUUAGUUUGUGAGACAUCAUCGAUGGCCGCUUUGCUUCUUCAAGGAAGUGUUGUUGUUCCACUGCAGUUGGUUGCACGUGUUCCAGCUGUUUUAUUUUAUUGGCCCUUGAUUCAACUUGCUGGUGCUGCCACAGAUAAUGUUGCUCUUGGAGUUUCUGUUGGCAGCAAGGGAAGAGGAAACCUCCCGGGCGCAACGUCAGAUAUUCGUGCUGCCCUUCUUUUACUUCUAAUUGCAAAAUGCACAGCAGAUUCUGAUGCGUUUCAAGAAGUUGAUGGUGAAGAUUUUUUCAGACAACUUUUGGAUGAUACGGAUUCGAGGGUGGCUUAUUACUCUUCUGCCUUCCUUUUGAAGAGGAUGAUGACAGCAGAUUUUGAAAAUUACCAACGUAGACUUCAGCAACUUGUUUUUAGGGCUCAGCAGAGCAACAAUGAGAAACUGUUGGAGAACCCAUAUCUUCAGAUGCGUGGGAUACUUCAGUUGUCAAAUGAUUUUGGAAGUGGAUUGUAAUGAAAGAGAUUUUGAGACGUUGCUUGUCUCUCAAUGCUCUUGGUCUUCUUUUCUGUAGUUGAAUGAAGCAGAGAAUGUGGCUGAGAUGUGGGGUUUGGAGCAAAAUUGUGUCUUGGUUUUGGCCAUUUGCUGUUUAGGAUGGGAUGCCCUACUUUGGCUCCCACAUUUCGGGUGAGAGGUAUCAACGAAGAUGAUAUAAGGCCUGAUUACUCUUCAGUAGCUAAAAGAAAUGAAGUUCAACAUUGGGGUGAAGUUCAGGAUUAAGGAUGCAAUUAUGAAUUGAAAUUGUGAGCAGAAUUGCUGUAAAAUUUUAUCAGAGUAGCUCACAUCAGUUUAUGUUCCUCAUUCCUUUGGUUGCUUCACUCACAUAAGACUUCGUCUGCACAGAUCUGGAUACGAUGAUUGGUUCAUUUUUGGAGAGUUAUUGCCUGAGUAAUACCCUCUGUUAAUUGUACACUGGAAGAAGAGAAUCUUGGAAAAGAGAUCCACCCUUAUACAUAUUUCCAGAAUUCCUUACGGCGAUUUUUAUAAGCCUGGUGAAGCCUCCCUGGCUGACGAUUUUAAUAAAAGUUUAAUGGAACUCGGUGACAGCUUGUAACAAUGACUUCUUGUAGCAUAAUGGUCAACUUUGAAGCUAGAGAUAGAUGGGAAGGGUGCACAUCUCCGCUUUUAAGGGGCUGCUUCCACCAGAAAAAAGGCGUCAAUAUGAUACACCUGACACCUAUUUUCCUUAACACCCAUGUAAUUUAUUCAUUUGAUUUGCGCUGUAAAUUUGUAGUUUUGCCUUUCUUCCUGAUGCAGUUUUGUAAUAGGCAAUCCAGUUAUUUACUUUUUUUUUUUCCUGAUAUGUAUCAUAUCCAAUUUUGACGUACAUUGGGAAAUUAUUCACCAAGUAUGUUGUAAUUUUUGACAUCUUGUAUAGUGAAAUGUUUCAAUGCAAAGCUUGAUAUCAGGUUAUGAAAA